ACACCCGCCCCCCAAAAUUUUAGGCAUCACACCCUUAGGCUACCCCCCCCCCCCCCAUCCUCCCCAACCUUCUCCGCACAAGCAUCCUCAAUCACACCAACCACAAACCCUUUCAUCCAUCGCCUGCAUCGCCGUCCUCAGCACCGCUCCCGAACUCUUCAAAACCGCAAAUCACAAGACUGCGGAUUUUGUGCGAUUUGGUUUUGGAGGUUGAUGAAGAAGAAGAAGAAGAAGAAGAAGAAGAAGUUGACUCUGAUGUGUUGCUUUUGUAUGUAUAAGGUGACUUUGAUCGAAGAUCCGGGGAUCCAUGUGUUGGGACAAGGCUAG